AGAUGCUGUCGGCCUUUGCUCAGGCAUCUUGAGAAAAGCUCACUUCCAUCAGACCGGCGUCCGUCGAGUCUCUCGUUUAGCAACCCAGGCCUCGUUCGCCGCCAUUCCCAACCGAAGCUGGUCAUCGAAUUUAGAAAAAAUCCCCCUUCUUAGAGUACGCAGAAUCGACGCUUAAUCAAACAACUCGUUUCUCCUGCCGAAUAAGCGCGUCUCGUCUCUUUUCUUUAUUCUUUGACAACAACUCCCCGGCGGAGCCAGCUUGAUAUUAAUCGUUCCUUUUCUUUGCUUGUUUCAAGUCAACGUUCAAGCCAACGGGCCUCGACUUUGUAGGCCUCUUUUGUUUUUUCUCGAUUCGACGAUUUAUUUCAACGCCUUUUUCUCCUUCACACACUCGCUAUAUCAAUAUGAAGUCGUCAACAAUUCUUUCCGGCGCCUUGGUGGCCGCAACCCAAGUCUACACGGCCAUUGCCGCAACCCCCCUCAGAGGAUAUCACCACGACAUUAGCCAUGUCAUUCGAGCCAGCACACCGGCACCAACACAGCCGCCAGUACAGCCACCGGUGCCGAAUGCCUAUCGAUCGCAGGGCUGCUGGAGCUCUAAAGGAAACAUGACGCAAGCCACGGAUGUCAAGAGCACGACCGUUUCAUCGGGAGCGUGCAAUCUUUAUUGUUCAAACAACCACUUCCCCGUUUCUGGCCUGCAGGGCGAUGAGUGCUUUUGCGGAUUCGCUUAUCCGCCCGAAGACACUCAGGUCGAUACUGACAAAUGCACUUUCCCUUGCCCGGCGUAUCCCCAGGAGGCCUGUGGUGCCCUUGGACAUCCAGGAUUCUUUUCCAUAUACAACACCGGUGUCAAUAUCAACCCUCCAAACUACGAGCCUCCCUCGUCGUCUUCGUCAUCAUCUUCUUCCUCUUCUACUUCCACGACAUCGUCGGGCUCUGAGAAGUCCUCGUCGGCAUCCUCUCCCUCGGGCCCUGCCAGUCAGUCCGCAGAGGCAACCCCUACUGACGCACCGCCCAGUUCCGGGAAGAAGACCAACGUUGCCGGCAUCGCUGCCGGCACUGUUGUCGGUGUUGUUGUCCUGGGUGGUCUCAUUGGAGCUGCCUUAUUUACCAUGAGACGGAGACGGAAUGCCGAAAUCGAAGAAGAGCAUCGCCGGAAUGCCGCCGUCAAUGCCUUCAUUAACGGCUCCAAGCCGCCUUCCACUAGCGGCAGCAUCUCCAUGACUGACUCCCGUCUCGACCCCAUCAUGGCCCACCGCAGGCUUAGUGACGGCAGCAUUGCGGAUAAUGAGGAUUAUUCUCGCCGCAUCUUGAGGGUCACCAACGCAUGAGCAAAUGGCCAUAUAUCCACUUAACGACAAGCGAAUUUGCCUAUACUCAACUUACAAAUAUCUCCUUCAAUCAUGGGCAUUUACGGCGUUAUCGGGAUGGUAGCUCAUGUCCAUUUGGUUGACUCCCGGGCCCGAUGGCCGAGCGGCGUUUUGACUUCUUUUCUUUUUUCCUCUUAUUUCUGGCGUAGGGAUAGACUUUUUGAUACGGAGGGAAAUGAAUGAGUUUGGCCAUCUUCA